AUGGAAGAAACCAUUUUCAACGACCACCACAACCACAACAGUCGCAAAAUGUACCACAACAUCCGCAACAACACUCUUCACGAAAAUACUACAAAUAACAUCUGCAAGUAUGAUCACAAAAUCCGAAGCAACAACAACGGAAACAGUAACAAUAAUUUAUUUAAAACCUGCAGCAAUUACUAUCGCAUCAGCCAUAGCAGCAGAAGCAGCAACCGUUGCAGCAACAGAAUCUACAGCGACAACUACGGUGACGACAACAAGCCAAAGAACAUCAGCAUCACCGUUCUCCAAUGGAAUAACCGUCUCCAGAACAUCAAUCUCAAAACCAAUAUCAUCAACAUCGAAUUCAUUGCCAACACCGUCCUCUUCGUCAUUUGUAAUUAG